CACUAUAAUCAGUCAUCACAUCACUGCCAUUAAACGCAUGGAGGGCGUUUCAAUUAUACUAAAAAAUAGUGCUUAAAAGACUGGAAGACAUCGUUAAUUUUCAUUGGGCUCUCAAAAUUGUAGAUGAAGCAAUAAUUUCGCCAUGUUUUCCACACUCCCAAGAUCAUUGUUAUACAACACAACCUCAAGUGUUCCUAACAGAUUGCUUGCACUAGCCCUAGCGAAAUGCCCUGCCAUCGGCGACUGCUACUCCCCGACCCGGGCACAUCACGAGGUCACCGGGGACAUAUUGUGCCCCAACAUGGUUCGAGGAAUAGAUCAUCUAAAAGACCCUCGUCUUAACAAGGGCCUCGCCUUCACACUAGAAGAACGGCAAUAUCUUGGCAUCCAUGGCCUCUUAGCUGCCAAGUUCAAAUCGCAAGAAGAACAACUGGAUAUCUGCAGGAUUUCUAUAGACAGAUACGAAGACAAUUUGAACAAAUACCUCUACCUCGUCGAGUUACAGGACAGGAAUGAGAAGCUUUUCUUCAGGCUUCUCUCGGAGAACGUUGAGAAAUACCUGCCGAUUGUCUAUACACCGACCGUGGGUUUAGCUUGCCAGAGGUUUGGCCUCAUCUACAGAAGACCUAGAGGUCUGUUUAUUACAAUCAACGAUAAAGGACAUAUUUUCAACAUCCUUAAAAACUGGCCAGAACCAGACGUAAGAGCCAUUGUAUUCACUGACGGUGAAAGAAUCUUAGGUCUCGGUGACCUUGGAGCCUACGGCAUGGGCAUUCCUGUGGGCAAGCUGUCACUUUACACAGCCCUAGCGGGCAUUAAACCUCAUCAGUGCUUGCCUAUCACGUUGGACGUUGGAACUAACAACCAGGACCUCCUAGAAGACCCUCUUUACAUCGGUCUGAGGCAGAAACGUGUACGUGGCCAGGAGUAUGACGAUUUUAUCGACGAAUUCAUGGAAGCCUGUGUCCAGAGAUACGGACAAAAUACUUUGCUGCAGUUUGAAGACUUCGCCCUUCUGAACGCAGGGCGCUUGCUAGAGAAGUACCGCAACAAGUACUGCACGUUCAACGACGACAUCCAAGGCACGGCCAGCGUGGCUGUUGCGGGUCUUAUGGCCGCCGUGCGCAUCACCAAGCGGAAACUCAGCGAGAACAUAUAUAUGUUCCUUGGCGCAGGUUCUGCCGCUAACGGCAUCGCAAGCUUGACCGUCGCCGCGAUGAUGCAAGAAGGCCUGACGGAGCAGCAGGCGCGCGACCGCGUGUACAUGUUCGACAUCGACGGGCUACUGUCCACUAAGCGAGAGGGCGGAGUGCCGCCUCACGCGACCGCGUUUGGCAAGAAUAUCGAGCCCGAGAAGGAUUUCGCGGCCGCUAUCGCUAAGAUCAAACCUAGCUGUCUUAUCGGUUGCUCGACGGUGGGCGGGGCGUUCACGACGGAGAUUCUAAAACAGAUGGCGAAGAACACCGACAGGCCCGUCAUAUUCGCGCUGUCCAACCCCACGAGCAAAGCGGAGUGCACCGCGCAAGCGGCUUAUGACAAUACUGAUGGUAAAUGCGUGUUCGCGUCCGGCUCGCCGUUCCCUCCAGUGAAGUUCGGCAACAAGGAGUACCUCCCGGGGCAGGGCAACAACUCGUACAUCUUCCCGGGCGUCGCGCUCGGUGUCAUCGCCACACAGACGCACCACAUCCCCGAGGCUAUGUUCCUCACCGCUGCCAGGACUCUGGCUAACUUUGUUAGUGAGGAGGAUUUGAGCCUUGGACGUAUUUAUCCGCCGUUAUCCCAAGUGAAAGAAGUAUCUCUUCAGAUCGCAAUCGAAGUCUCCAAGAUGGCUUACGAUGAAGGUUUAGCGUCAUUGUAUCCAGAACCAAAAGACCUCUCCAAACAUGUCGAAAGCCAAAUCUACGAUUUUAACUACGAGAGUUCCAUGCCGGAAGUAUGGCAGUGGAAACCCGAAGAAACGUUCAACGUGCGACCUAUCCAGCCCGUUCCCAAAAACAUCUAAACACGGUAAACUUGUUCAAAGCUGGCCGGUUUACUUGUCAUCUCUAACGCAUUUCUCUCACUUUUCAGUAACAUAUUUUGCAUGAGCAUUAAGUGUAAUAAUAAGUCAAUAGCAAAUCAAUAAUGCAAAUGCGGUACGUAUCCAAUGACUUACAUGAAAAGUAUUACCCAUUUACUAAUUUAAAAAAAGUACCCAGUACAAGUAACCUUUAUAUGUAAGUAUUUAUUUUCAAGUAGUAAACUAGUUGUUCCUAUGUAUACUAGCACUUACAGAAGUUUGUAGUAUUAGGAAACAAAGUUCAAAUAAGUGUAUUUAUAAUUGUAUCGUGAUGCCUAUCUUAGGUACGUAUUCCAACUAGCGCGCUGCUAAUUAAGUUAUUAAUCCGAGUUAAUUUAUUCCAAGGAAAUAUGUUCUAUAAUGGUCCGUUUUGUGUCUCACUGUGCAUUAGUUACGAUCCUAUCGAAGUAGACGCUUUCCUCUGACUGAACAAAAAAUAAAUAAAGAUAGAUAGGUAUGCCUAACGCUGCUCAAACAUUGUAGGAACUCUUCUCUUACCGUCGUUUAAUGUUGUCGUUAUCGACAUGAUAAUUUUGACCAUAAUUGAACUAAAGGUGUUUUUAAUCGCGGUAACCUUACUUUUCGGUAUAGAUACCGCGAAGGGCGCUGUUAUAGUACAUUGUGCAGGGGGGGGGGGGGGGGGAGCGAGGUCUAUAAUUAAACACUAGCGAAAUAGUUAUGGAAUCCGGUGACAUUUCAAACAUUUGUCCGCCAUAUUGUCAUUUCUAGACAGGUUAGGCAUCGAAGGCACAGGCCUUCGGUAUUUAGUCACGAUUGAAAAUUGUGUAAAAAUAUUUUAAACGGCUAUUAAAUCCAUGAAAUUAAAUUAUUUUAAACAUAAACAAAAAUAUCAAAUUAUGAACGUCAGUAUUUAAAAAGUAAAACUUCCUUAUACCUUGACUUUAAACGAAGUAUUUUAGUUAUUUACGAUACAAGUGCGGAAAAGAGGAAAUUCGAAACGAGUGGCGAUAAAUUAAAACACGACCGCAGGGAGUGUUUUAAAUCGACACGAGUAUGCAUAUGGCACUUUAAACUUUCGACAUAUGCACGAAAAGUGCUCGUUACGCACUUGUGCGAGAAAGUAGCACCAUAUGUACUGUAAAAGUAUGUUACAAAUCAAACACAACAAACUUAAACAGAUAUAUAGUUGAAUCACAUUUGUAUUAACGCGCUAGAUGGAAAUCGUACCAGCUUCGAUUACACAUAAUAUUAUAAAACAAUACAUAGUAUUUCAAAAGUUACUUAGUAUUUCAUGUUCAUAGUUGAAAUCGGAUGUAGAAUUUAUUCUUGUUUUAUUUUAGACUAAAUGGAAUGUUAUUGAAUAUUUAUUAAGUACCUAUUAACUAUCAUGUUUGUAAAACAACAUUAUUUGAAUGUGUGUAAUUGUAUACAUUUUACGACUAUGUAUUGAUUAUGUGACAUAUUACGUAAUUAUUUCAUCGUUAAAAUACAUUUCAUUCUGAUGAUUGUUGUGAGCCUUAUGAAACAAUAGGUAAUACAUAGUAAAUAUGACCUUAAAAAGAAAACUCUAGUCACUGCAGCAUAAAAAGUGUGAAACAAUGCAGGUCGUCAUGUGUUUAAUGCAUUUUCUUCUUUUUGUUAAAAAGUUCGUCAUCGAAAGGAAGUAUUAAUGUUCCCUUAUUCAGUGCUAUAUCUAAAGGUAACGACGACAUAAAUUACAGUUUUAUUAGCAUAUAUCACAAAGUAUUAAUUCGUAAAUGUCAUCAUCAAGGUCUCAUUUAAUAGAAAACGUAAUGCCUGUCUUGUAUUCAUGCAUAGGUAAGAUGAUAAUGAUUAGGUAUUAUCAAACCUAAGAAUAAAUAUAGCUAUUACCGAAAUGUCAUCAAAAAUGUUUACAAUUUUACCUAUGUUACAUUUGUGUUGACCCACUACCCAAAUGGUAUUUCCCGGUGUUGCCAUCAAAACACAUAAUCGUGAAUGUAAAAUUUAGUUUUUGUUUAACGUUUUCUGUCUGGUGGGACCUAUAUUAAACACUAAUGAAAUAAUGCACUGAAUUGUCUCCACUACUCGAACGCGUUGUUAUUAUUUAUUAUUUUAUACAUCUUUACCUACUUAUAUUUAAUUUACCUAUUUAUUUAUUUCUUCGGCAAUUUAAUGAUUAAGAUUUACCAUUUAAGUAUCAGGUAUCCAAAGUGUUUGCCUUACUGAAAAUCAGUGUAACAAGUAUGUAUAUCAAAUUGCAUAAUAAUUAUGUAAUGUGAUACAAAUACACCUUUACCCUAAAGCAAACACACAAGUGGUCUCAAUAUUAUGAUUAUAACAAACAAAGUAUUUAAAUAUUAAACUUUCAUACAUAUGUUAGGCAAGGAAUAUCAUCAUAAUAGUCAUCUACUAAGUUAGCCUCAUUUUUUCUACUUCCACACUUGCUAUUUAGUUUUCAUGAACGUAUUCGGGUAGUGCUGGAACCUAAUUGCUACGUACGAAAAUACAUUAUAACAUUUAUAACUAUAGUUAUACACGUAAUGUAUAUGUAGAGUAAAUCAAUAUUAGUUUUAAAAAUUACGAAUCUGAUUUCGUUUAGUAUUAUUUUUUAUGUUCAGUAUUUGACAACAGUGAGACUUGUUCUUCGCAGGGCGAAACAUUUACCUCUUUAAACGUAUUUGUAAGUAUUACAAUGUCAUAAUUUAUUUUUAAUUAGGUUCGUAUCUGUCGAUACAAAGUGAUAUGUUGCUGUGACGAUGUAUGGUAAAAUUAUUUAACUGUACGACUUUGUAAAAUUUGUUUUGCAUCGACGACGGUUUGCAUGUAAUUGACAUCA